AUGGGGAUUGUAAGGAUACAUAUUCUGCCUAAAGGGGCGUUCUGGUUGUUUUUUCUGCUGUGGAAUACAAUAGAAGCGCAGAUCCGCUACACUAUUCCAGAGGAAUUGAAAGAAGGAUCUAUAGUUGGUAAUAUAGCAAAGGAUCUUGGUUUGGAAGCAUUUGAGAUGUUUGUGCGAAAAUUAAGGAUAGCCUCCGAGGCUGAUAAGCAGUAUUUCAGUGUGGAUUUGGGAAAAGGCGAGUUGGUUGUCAUUGAGAGGAUAGACAGAGAGAGUCUGUGCGGACAAAGCACCAGUUGUCUGUUACCACUGCAGGUUGUUAUUGAGGAGCCCCUCCAGCUUUACCGAGUUGAGGUGGAAGUCCAGGAUAUCAAUGAUAAUGGCCCAGUCUUUCUUUCUACCGAACGUGUUCUUAAUAUUGCAGAAUCUACAGCGACUGGGGCACGAUUUCCACUUACAGGUGCAAAAGAUCCUGAUGUGGGCUCCAAUUCCCUCAGCUCAUAUAAAUUAAAUCAAAAUGACUUGUUUGUUUUAAAUGUUAAGACAAGUAGAGAUGGGACGAAAAUACCAGAGUUAGUUUUACAAAAAGCACUAGAUAGAGAGAAACAGGCUGUUCAUCAGCUUGUGCUGACAGCUAUAGAUGGUGGUAGCCCUGCCCGUUCAGGGACUACGGAGGUCACUGUUCAAGUUGUAGAUAUCAAUGACAAUGCCCCAAUCUUUGAGAAAUCGCUUUAUGAAUCUUCUUUGCGAGAAAAUUCACCGGAAAGUACAGUGGUGAUAAUCGUUAAAGCCGCUGAUGCUGACGAUGGUGCUAAUGGAGUGGUACAAUACUCUUUUGCUGAGCAGACGCCAGACUUCAUACAUGAAAUGUUUUCUAUUGACUCUGAGACUGGACAGAUCACUGUGACUGGCAGUCUGGAUUAUGAAGAGAGUCACACUUAUGAAUUUAAUAUCCGCGCAACAGACAAAGCCGUGGCCUCUUUGGAAGGGCACUGCUCUGUUCAGAUAGAUAUAUUAGAUGUGAACGAUAACGCACCUGAAAUAGUCCUUACCUCUUUACCUAACCCUGUGAAAGAAGAUGCUCCUUUAGGAACAGUUGUUGCUUUGAUAGGCGCGAAAGAUCUAGAUUCAGUGGAUAAUGGGAAGGUCCAUGUGAGUUUAUUAGGUACAUAUCCAUUUAAACUGAAAACGUCGUUUGCUGACAAUUAUGCAAUAGUUACAGACUCUAAACUCGACAGAGAGGAACUUUCUGAAUAUAAGCUGAAAAUUGUCGCCUCUGAUUCGGGCUCUCCUCCCCUCACUUCACAAAAGGAAGUUAUUGUACGAGUUUUAGACGUGAAUGACAACCCUCCAAUUUUCUCUCAGCUGUCUUACACUGUUUAUGUCAGAGAGAACAAUGCUGCCGGAUCAAUAAUGUGUUCAGUGUCCGCUACAGAUCCAGAUAUUGGAGAAAAUGCUAAGAUCUCCUAUUCUAUAUUAGACUCUAAAGUACAAGACGUGUCAGUCUCCUCCUAUAUUUACAUAAACUCAGAUAACGGCAGCAUCUACAGCAUGCACUCGUUUGACUAUGAGAAACUGAAGGCGUUUCAGAUUCAGGUGCAGGCAAAGGAUCACGGCUCUCCGUCUCUGAGCAGCAACGUCACGGUUCAUGUUUUUAUUCUGGACCAGAACGACAAUGCCCCGGCUGUUAUUUACCCCUCCGCUGUAAUGGGCUCUGUUUCCCAUCAGAAGAUUCCCCGGUCCGCUAAAGCAGGCCACCUCACCACUAAGAUAUCGGCAGUGGACGCAGACUCGGGCCACAACGCCUUGAUUUCCUAUAGGCUGACGGAGGCCACAGACUCGUCUCUGUUCAGUGUGAAUCUUUACACGGGAGAGGUGAGGACAAAACGUGCUGUUUCAGAGCAGGAUGACUCCUCUCAGAGGCUGCUUAUAGAGAUAAAGGACAAUGGGGAGCCGGUCCAGUCCACCACAGUCACAGUCAAUAUAAUGUUCGAGGACGGGCUGCAAGAACCCAUCUCGGAAUACCGCCAGAACACAGCAGAGCCCAGCAAGAGAAACAGUAAAAUCAUCGUUUAUUUGAUCAUCUCUCUGGCCUCAGUGUCCGUCUUGUCUUUUUUGACUUUUCUCAUCUUAGUGGUGAAGUGCGUUAGAAACAGUAGGAGCAGCUCGAGUUGCUGUAUCAGACGGGCUGACUCUGACGGAUACAAGAAUCCCAACAGAAACCUGCAGAUCCACCUCAACACUGACGGCCCUAUUAAGUAUGUGGAGGUCCUGGGAGGGGACAUAUUAUCUCAGAGUCAGUCAUUCAGGUCGUAUCUCUCUCCAAUAUCGGAGUUCAGUGAUUUCCCCCUCGUUAAGCCCAACAGUACCACUGAUUUUAAGGACAUGAUUAACGUGAUUGACGCAUCUUUACCUGACAGUGCGUGGACUUUCGAGAGCCAACAGAACUGCUUCUGGUGGUAA